AUGGAUAGUAUUCAGGCUAAAGCAAUGAGAAUAGUCCUAGGAGCUAUGAAGUCAAGUCCAAUCAACUGUAUGAGAGUCGAGUGUGUAGAGCCUCCAUUAAGCUUACGACGGCAAUUUCUGUCUGAUAAAUUCCUAUUCCGUUGUAUCCAAUUCAGUAACCAUAUCCUAACACCUAAACUGACUUACCUGGCAUCUUUAAUCCCCAAUUGUAGUUAUUGGAAAAACAAACGCCCACCAUGUUUGGUUGAAAGUUACAGAAGAUUUACUUGUUUUGAGGCUCCUCACCAAGCGACUUCUAAUCCAUUGUUCAAAUAUAGUUAUGAUUCCCUUGUAAUCUCUCCUGAUAUAGAUACUAGCACAGGACUUGUGAAAAUUGAGCAAAACCAAAAGUUAACAUUUAACUAUAUUGUUGACACCAAGUGGCCACAAUGGCAUCGAAUAUUUACAGAUGCAUCUAAGCGUUCCAAAGAUGGCUGUGUAGGUGUUGGUGUACUGCACUCUAAUUACAAUAUUGUUCAAAAAACUAAACUCCCUCCUGAAUCCUCCGUGUUCACUGGCGAAUGUAUUGGCCUUGUUAAAGCCAUAGAAUACAUCCUUCUACUAAAACUUCAAAAAACUGUAAUUUUUACAGAUUCACUGAGUUCUUUAAAUGCCUUAGCCCGGUUCCUAUUUGGAUCACAUUAUCAAUUCCCUGUCAUUUCCGAAAUUAGAAACCUUCUAUUAAAAUGUAUAAAAGAAAACUAUUCCGUAUCGUUUGCAUGGGUUCCUGGUCACUGUGGAAUAUCUGGAAACGAGAAAGCCGAUCGUUUAGCCAAUGAGGCGGUGGAGAGUGGAGAUGUAGACAUUUUUAGAAACUAUGCGCAUGAUUUGAUGUCUCUUUCAGGGAUUUAUCUCAGGAAUUCCUGGACUGAACCCUGGGCUCAAGAUAGUUCAAAAGGUCGCCAUUAUCGUACUAUUCAACCUUCUAUACCCAGUAAGCCCUGGUUUUGGAAACUGAGAUUCAGUAAAAAAGUUACAACAGUACUGUCUCGUAUGCGACUGGGACACGUCUGCACCCCAGCUCAUCUUACUAAGUUAAAUAUUAAUGACAGCCCUACGUGCGAUUGCGGAUAUGAUGUAGGUGAUUUAAAUCACAUCAUAUUUGUUUGUCCUCGGCGCGACCGGUCGGCUCUUCUUGAAGGUCUCAUUUCCAUUCAAAUUCCUUUCCCUUCAUCCAUAUCAUGUUUACUUUCAACAUUGGACCCACAUGUAUAUAAUCUUUUAGCAGCUUUUAUCUUAAGUAAUAAUAUAAAAAUUUAG